UUCAUACAGACCAACUCUCUUCUUAUUUCUCGCCAAAGCAAAGCAAGAAUUUUUGUUUUUGUAUUUUGUUAUUUUGCGUGUGCCCAUCUCACAACAUGGUCUCAGAGUUGAGCCUAUCGAAAAACGUCUGCGUGAUCGGAGCCGGACCGUCGGGGCUAGUGGCAGCGAGAGAGCUGAGGAAAGAAGGUCAUAGGGUGGUGGUUUUGGAGCAAAAGCACGAUGUUGGUGGGCAAUGGUUGUAUGAACCAAAUGUAGAGAAAGAAGAUUGUUUAGGGAGGAACAAGUUCUUAGAAGUGCACAGUAGUAUUUAUGAAUCUCUUAGAUUAGUGUCCCCGAGGGAGAUCAUGGGCUACACAGAUUUCCCAUUUUUGGUGAAGAAAGGUAGAGAUAUGAGGAGAUUUCCUGGCCAUAGGGAGCUUUGGCUGUACCUUAAGGAUUUUUCUGAUCACUUUGGUUUAAGGGAGAUGAUAAGGUUUAAUACUAGAGUAGAAUAUGUGGGGAUGUUGGAUUAUGGCGAGUUUAAGGAAGAUUUGAAAUGGGUCGUAAAGAGUAGAGAGCAAAACAAUGGAAAAAAAGAGAUUGAAGAGGUUUUCGAUGCAGUGGUCGUCGCUACUGGUCAUUACUCUCAUCCUAGGAUGCCAACCAUUAAAGGAAUGGAUACAUGGAAGAGGAAGCAGAUGCACAGUCAUAUUUACAGGGUUCCAGAGCCAUUUCGCAAUGAGGUAGUUGUGGUUGUGGGGAAUUCACUCAGUGGGCAAGAUAUAUCCAUGGAGCUAGUACAAGUAGCAAAGGAAGUUCAUCUCAGUGCCAAAUCCCUUGAGAUCACACCAGGUUUAUCCAAAGUCAUCUCCAAUCGAGAGAACUUGCAUCUUCGUUCUCAGAUAGAAUUCCUAGAAGAAGAUGGGAGGGUUGUCUUUGCAGAUGGGUCUCAGAUCAUUGCCGACACCAUCUUGUACUGCACAGGGUAUACAUACACAUUCCCAUUUCUUGACACUAAAGGAAUAGUGAGUGUGGAAGAUGGUAGAGUGGGACCUUUGUAUGAGCAUACCUUCCCUCCCUCACUUGCUCCCUCUCUCUCUUUUAUUGGCAUACCUAGAAAGAUCAUAGGGUUCCCUUUCUUUGAGUCACAAGCAAAAUGGAUAGCUCAACUGCUGUCUGGGAAAAGAAGACUUCCAUCUUGGGAUGAAAUGAUACUUGCCAUUAAAGAGUUUUAUCAAUCAAGGGAUGCUUCUGCCACUCCUAAGCAUAACACUCAUGAUAUUGCAGAUUUUGAGUAUUGUGACAGAUAUGCAGACCAUGUUGGCUUCCCACACUUAGAAGAAUGGAGGAAACAGCUCUGCAUAUCAGCCUUAGUAAAUGCUGAUGCCAACUUGGAGACGUACCGUGACUCCUGGGAUGACCAUGACUUGCUUCAAGAGGCUCUUCAAAGUCCUCAUUUCACUCGACCACUUGGGGUUCAAGAUUUUACUGUCUAAGACUAUUUUUUGGGUUGUGUUUGAACCCAUCAUUUUAAUGUCUAUCUAUCAGCUGCUGUCUGUCUAUGAGUCAUUGUUUAAGUUGGAGGGGAAAUUUUUGAGGGGGAUUGCAAAAGGGUAUUGGAGAAAAGCUAUUAAAUCAUAAUUGUUUUACGAUCAAUUUUCCGGCGAAGUAUAGUUCAAGAGUAUGUUUAUGCAACUGUACAUCUGUUUUUUGGUGGGUAUUGCUUCAGCUCACUGAACAAGAUAUGGCAAAAAUUGAUGAUUAUCUUAUAA